AUGAAAGAGGACAGGAAAAGUCGUUAUAUUGCAGUGACCACUUCAGCGUCUUAUGCAAACUGCUAUAGUUGGCCUAAUUCCGAAACUAAUAUAGUACACCCAAAUGUCAUAUUCAUUUUCAAGAAAAAUAGUUCAGGAGCAUUGUGCUCAUUAAGGCCUAAAAGAGGCAGAUUUUGCACUGAACCCAAAAAACCCCAGUUUCUACAACUGCCAUCUUGUCAGACGGGAUGGCAAUUACAGAACACCGCACAAGGAGUACCUUUCGAUAAACAUCAUCUUACUAACAAAUUACUCAGUCUGAAUUACACAGACCAGAAAGAUAAAAUUCGUCCUUACAUAGGAUAUGACGGCUGA